AAAAAGCUUGUUUAGUAAUCUGGUUGGCUUAUGACCUGCUUUCAGAUGGAACUAACGCUUCUAUCAUCGACCAAUUAUAAUCCAUCUGUAAAUGGCCUUCAACUGGCUAGCAGUAAACCGCGGGAAACCCAUAAAGGUCAAGUAUAAAUACCUUGCUAUUAUUCACAUCAAACAUAUCAAGCAAUUGGCCAUUACGCUUUCGUGCUCCAGAUUACCCUACAAUUUUAUUACGGGUAUCAAUGACGAUGAAGUUCAACAUCGGACUUCUCCUGGCUCUUGGAGGCGCUAUCGCUGGGGUGGGAGCAGAGGGCAUAAACUGCAAGGGUAAUGCCCGUUGUGCUCAGCUGUCACUCUACACACAAGUCAAAAACUACGUUGCUAUAAUCGAUGGAGUUGAUCCAAAUCGCUGGUACAACAACGGUGAGCACAUCGCCUGCAUAAAAGCUGAUGUGCCAACUGGACUCUACUUCUCGGACCAUAUUUCUUCAUGUGUAUUUUUGCAGAAUUCUGGCGGGGCGCCCGGCCAUUCUCUACCGCCACUCAUCAAGCUUUUACGCGAACACGGAUGCAAAGGUUGUGGGAGCGUACCCUUGUUUGCACCACAGGGCAACAAUAAUGUGGCAGAUGGCGAGUUGACGGUUAACUAUGUUUCGGAUACAUAUGGUUGCGAUUACGGACUCUGCUAGUGUAUCCUUUUACAGUCGGUGUUUGGGGGCUAUCUUUUUAGUUAAAACUCCACUAUUCAUUUAAAUAACGGCAAAUGAAAAUUAUA